AUGGUCGCGCAAACCCGCCACGGCGGCCAGACAUCUCCUGGGAAGCUCGCGUUCAAGGAAAAGCUCGUCACGAAAGGCACGACGACCGACAGCUCUCCUCAAAAAGCUGAAGAAUUUACACGAGGAGCUCAGCGUGAGCUCAUUCUCAAUUCGAUACUACAUCACAAGGACAAGGGUGUCAAGGCGUACGCUGCUUGCUGUCUGGCUGAUAUCCUUGGCCUGUAUGCACCAGAAGCACCGUACACGGUCGCGGAGCUUGUCGAUAUAUUUCAGUUCAUCUUCCAGCAACUCAAAUCCGGCCUCAAGGGAACAGAAGAUACCUACUACAAUCAGUACUUCCACGUCCUCGAGUCCUUGUCAACUGUCAAGAGCGUCGUCCUCGUUUGUGACCUCCCAAAUGCCGAUGACAUGAUGAAACACAUCUUUAGCGACUUUUUCAUCAUUGUUCGACGCGACUUUUCUAAACAGACAGAGAGUUUUAUGGGAGAUAUUCUUACCGCGCUCAUUGACGAAUGCCACACCUUGAAUGCACCCGUCCUUGAAAUACUUAUGGCUCAGUUCAUGGAUAAGAACGCGCAACCUGAUCAGCCAGCAUACCGUUUAGUAGUGCAAGACAUCAUCGUAGCCAACUCUGGGGACGAAGAAUUGAAGGAAGUCCGUAAAGCUCACGAGCUUGUCAAGAGGAUACAUCUGGCAUGUCCCACACUUCUUCACAGUGUGAUACCACAGUUGGAGGAAGAGCUGCGGGCAGAGGAUGUUCAGCUCCGUUCCAUUGCCACGCAAGUCCUUGGGGAAAUGUUUGCUGAUAAGGGUGGGUACGAUCUCUCCAAGAAAUAUCCAACAACAUGGAGGGUGUGGUUGGUUAGGACCAACGACCGGUCAGUCUCCGUCAGACUGAAGGCCUUGGAAUCGUCACGAGCCAUCAUAUCCGGAGGAUACCCUGAGAUGAGAGAAGCGGUGCAAGAGUGCCUCCAAACGAAACUUUUGGACCCCGAUGAGAAAGUGCGCGCGGCUGUCUGCAAAAUAUACGGUCAACUAGACUAUGAGACAGCCGCUCAUCACGUUACAGAGGAACAGCUCCGCGCUGUAGCCCAGCGUGCCGUUGACAAAAAGCAAAUUGUACGAACUGAGGCUUUGAAGAGUCUUGGUAAGCUCUAUGAUCUCGCUUACCCUCAAAUUGAGAUCAAUGACCCCAUUGCUAUCUCCAAUUUCUCGUGGAUACCGAAUGCUCUAUUGCCUUUGCUAGGCAUGAACCAGGAAACCAGACCUGCAGUCGAGCAAGCACUUGCUGAUUACAUACUGCCUCUGCCUCGAUCUUUGCCGCUGGAUAAGGGUAAAUCUAGUGACAGUGAAGUCGAUGAGGCUCUCUGGACGGACAGACUUCUCAACACAAUGAAGUUCCUCGUUGAAGCGCGUUCUGUCAAUGGCCUUCUGGCCUUCACGAAUUUGAAGUCACCUCAGCAAGCCCAAGUACAAGCUUUCAUAGAUGCAUGUAUCCAGAAUAAUAACGGCAUCAUCGACGGCGACAAAGAAACGACCGAAAAGGGUCAAAAGCGACUUGACCCGACGUGUCCGACAGCUCGCCGGUAUCCCUUGUAUCCUGAUUCAUCAAAAGCUGCUGACGACCUCUACGGUUUUGCUAAGCUGAAUGACCAGACAGCGUACAAACUUCUAAAGAAAUGUAUAGAUCCUCAAACAGACCUCAAAACACUUGUCAAGCGAAGGAGCGAGUUUCUGAAAAAAAUUGUAGAUACCUCUCCUGGUAUCGUGUCUACGAUGUCUAUCCUCCUACGGCGGGUAACAUACCACGUCGUUAAUCAGUCCUCUGUUCCUACGCUCCUGAAACGCCUGGAAAAUGGCCGUGGAAGAGAAGCAAGUGUGACCGCUGAUCAUAUACACACGCUGAUGAGAUAUAUCUCCAAAUACCGGCCAGCUAUCUACAAGUCCCACGUCAGCGCCCUGGUGAAAGCUAUUUCGGAUGAGGAGGCACCGCCUUUGUUGGUUUCGUCGGCUCUUCAAGCGCUAUCUAGUGUGAUUCGAUGGGACGAAGAUCUGGCACCCAAAGACUCCCGUACCAUAGAUCGCAUCACUCGAUAUGCCACGGGUACUGGUUGGAAGCAGGCGAAAUUUGCCGCCCGAAUACUUGCUUCUUGUGCUCGUCAGAGCGAGACUUGUACUGAAGUGGUUGAGUCAAUAGCCGACGGAUUAGCCGAGGCAUCUCCUGAGCUCUUGGUAGCACACAUAGCUGCCCUUGCACAGUUUGCACUACUAGCGCCGGAUGCCUUUGAGUCCAAAAGCGACGUAAUAACGGAAUUUUUAGUGAAGAAGCUUCUUAUGAUACCCCAACUACCGGAUCCAGAUGAUGAUACAGAAGAGGAAUGGGUGGAGGAUGAUGUUAUGCCCGAUAUUCUUCGAGCCAAAAUCCUUGCCUUGAAGGUGUUCAAGAAUCGCAGUCUGGCAUACGCCGACUCGGAUAAAGGCCUGAUGGUGUCGGGACCGCCGCUUAAGAUCUUCAAACAGCUAGUUGAGGCGAACGGUGCACUUUCUUCCGACGUCGCAGAAGACCCCAAAUUCAUGGCACGGCUGCGUUUACAGGCGGCAGUUUCGCUGCUACAAUUGUCGACUGUCCAGAAAUACGAAGCGUCGGUUGCAACGGCCUUUACUCGAUUGACAUUAGUUAUUCAGGAUUCCUGCUACAACGUUCGCUUUAACUUCUUGCGAAAGCUCAUCAUUUUGCUGUACUCACGGCGUAUACCGAUCACUUUCAAUAUCGUACCAUUUCUGACGGUUCAUGAUCCCGAAGAAGAUAUCAAAUCGACCGCGACAUCAUACAUAACCUCGGCCAUUCGAACGCUGCCGGCCAAUGUGCGGGUGCAUUAUUUUGACAUGAACAUCAUUCGACUGAUGCAUCUGCUCGCGCAUCAUCCCGACAUUUCAAUGGCCCCCGAGGACUUGCAAGAUAUCGGCAAAUAUCUCAAGUAUUUCGCCGAUCAAGUAGUCCAAGCCGAAAACGUUUCCCUCAUCUAUCAUUAUGCUCUCAAAGGAAAGACCGUCAGAGAUCUUGAGUCUGAAAAAUACAGUCAUAAUUUCUACGUAAUAUGUGAACUGGCGCAAGAGAUCAUCAAAGCUCGGGCACAACAUUAUUCAUGGAGUAUCCCAAGUUAUCCCGGAAAAAUCAAACUUCCAUCGGACAUCUUGCGUCCUCAUGCAAACCCUGAAGAUGCCAACAAAACAGCGAACACUGUUUAUUUGCCGAAAGAAGUGGCGAAAUGGGCGGCCGACUUGUACAAGUCUGUCCCUACAGCGGAGAAAAAGGAGCGGAGAGUUUCUGCGAAACGUAAAGCUCCUGCCACUAAUGGGAAUGGACAUGCAAGAAGCGUCGAUCUGAUGAUGAAUCCGACGAGCCCGACGAGUCGGAAAGCUUCGAGUGAUGUCGAAAUGGCCGAUGUUACGGGCCCAAUAGAAGAAUCUGACGACGACGAAGACGACAAUGAAUCUGGGGAAGAGGUUCUAGGCCGGGGUGCUCGAAGUCGCGCCAAGAGGAAAGCUGCACGGAGGGCGAGAAGUACCAAGAAGCGCGCAUCUGAUGGUUGA